AUGAAGAAGAAGAAGAAGAAGACGAAGAAGAAGAAGAAGAAGAAGAAGAAGAAGAAGAAGAAGAAGCGAAGCAGUGGUGUGUCGAAGUAAUAGCGCUUGAAGCAAGGGUUGCGAUUUCAUAGAACGAACGCAAAAAUCGGCCUUGGUAGCCGCACAGGCUGCUAAAAAAACCAGAAACUCCAUCUAUGCCGCCGUUACUCUCUGGUGUGACCACCUCCUCAUUACCCUCUGACAACAUACGGAAUCCUAUGAGAAGGAUAUUAUACAGAAGUGAAUUGGAAAGCUAUCUCAUGCGAGUGUGCUGCACCGAGACAUACUAUCUACAGCCGUCAGGCUUCAUGACUUCGGCUCGACACCGGAUGCGGACGGUGUAUUAGGCGAGACAUGUAAGACAGUUUUACAUUUCCGACACAAUUCCUGUGAUCGUGGUCGGCGUAUGCUCCGUCCCAGAUAACUGAGUUCAUUUUCCGUUAAGGGAUAUUUAGCCUUUCAACGAAAAGAUUUCAAUUUCUGUCGCGAGGGUGCACAAUCAACGUAACUGAGCAUAUGAUUAUCACAACGGCGCAUUGCAGCGCGCGAAGCGCUUGACGUCAAGGGAGACCACCAACAUUCAAGAAACGACGGUUCGAGGGCCAAGUCAGUAAAAGAAGAAAAAAUUUAUCAUCAUAAGACAAAAUAAUUCGACCACUCAUUCAAAAUUCUGAUUGAUUUUUGCACUAAACACCUUGAUAUUUGGCAGCUGACCAAGCUGCUCGAAAAUUCAGCAAUGCAAUACCCUUGAUUCAUAUCGCACAUCAGUGUUCACAGAAUAUCGACCCAGAUCCCCUUCGAUUAAGACGCAGGUAUAAUCUGUAUACCGAACCCACAAUUUAGCUCUGUCUCAUCCGUCUUGUGUAGGAUUGACUCCACUGGUGCAAUCAUCUUGGCAGGCUUGGCAACAGCUGCCUUAAAUGAGGCCUCAUGCCACAAAACCUGCAUAUGUUCCUCUGUCAGCUUCUUUGUGUACAGUCUCUCGACCAGUUUGUUGUUCUUAGAUGACGUUGAUGUAGGGACCUUACGAAAUUUGUUCUCUAGUGUGACAUUGUUUUCUCUCUUUAUUCGCAUUUAUGUUCGUUCACACGCUUUUGAAGCAGUUUCGUAUCGUUCUCGACCAUGCACUCGCGCCAUCUUUUCUUCUCUUGCUCAAUAACUUGACAGUAUUUGCGAAACCUUGAGUGAUAGUCCUCAAGAAGCACUCGGAUCCCUCGUCUGUCGUGCUGGAAUACUGCACGUCGCGCCAGCUCUGUGUUAAUCUAGGUUAUGUAGGGAGCACACUUGGAUAACACAUUAUUGUUGAGAAACCUAUGCUGAAACCGAAGCUGCGCAUAUGUAGACGACUUCCGAAAGGUAAAUCUUUCCACUGUCGAGCCGAUCGGAGCACAUCGGGUCCAAAAUGAUUGUCAAUAAAGGAGAACAGGCAAGAUCCAGGAAGCGGUUCAGAUCUGGUGCAGGUGCAGACAUAGCGUCAACAUCGGAGAAAACGAGAGAUUACUUUGUACGCGGAUGGCUAAGCACGCCGCAGCAGUGACGACGAAUGACGAUAACUCACAGUUGACUGCUCAUUCUGCUUCAAGCGGGCGAAAUCCUUCCAAGGCGCGACAGCCGCGUUAGCCGGGAGCUGCCUAAAUCAUGUUUUACUGCCCCCUUGUCCAUCAACAAUUGCAACGAACGGAAAGUUGCUGCGGUCGCGAAUGAUUAACUAUAGCAGGACUGUAGUAUGGCAAGUGUGCAAAAUAACCGCCAGAAAGCAAUACGCGAGGUAGCCCUAGAGAGCAAACUUCGUAAGCUGCCUGCUCCAAUAUCAUCCAAGAACGAGAAACUGGCGCCCAACGUGUUGUCAAAGGAGCUGACGGAGGAUCAAAUGCUGUUUUUACAUCAUGAGGCUUCAUUCAACACAGCCGAUGCCAAACCUGCCAACAUGAUUGCAGCAGUGGAAUCAAUCCUCUGCCAGGCGGGAGCGAUAGACGAAACGAAAAAUCUAAUUCGACACCAAGUGUUCUCCCUCCUCAUGGCUCACAGGCCACGCGACGUGCAUUCCAAGGUCAAGCGCGGUGCACUUAAGGAACUGGGGCCGACAACGACAUCGUUAUCGUGCCUGCGGACAAGGGACGUUCAACAGUCGUAUUGGACAGGACAGUCUACAAUCAAAAAGCCGAAAGCUUGUUGUAGGGUCGUCGGUCCUACGUCCCAUGCAAAUCCAACCCCAUAAAAACUCUGACAUGCGAGAUUAACGCGACGCUGUUGGCAAUGGAGAACUCAGGUGCGAUAUCGCCAAUCGACCGACGCAUGGAGAGAGCACAAACUCGGCCCUAGCGCGAUUCUACAUUCUUCCAAAAGUGAACAAAGAGGGCACUCCUCUCCGGCCUAUCGUAUCACUAAAGGGCACUCCAACCCACGGACUGGCAAAGUGGCUGUUCCAACGUCUCAAGAUUCUGACCUCCGAUUCGAACACCAUAGUCACCUCGUCAACGCAAUUCUUGGAGAAACUUAAAGGAGUAAGUCUCCUGUCAAGCGAUUUCAUGGUUUCCUUUGAUGUCACGUCCCUUUUUACUUCUAUUACGCAGGAUCUGACAGUCGUGGCCAUCGAACAAUUCCUACGAGCGAAAAACGACGAAACGGAGAAUCGCCUCGGAAACGCCCAAAUCACCCAGCUCCUGAAGUUCUGUCUCGACACGUACUUUACGUUUGACAGAAGAAUCUACGAGCAGGUGAAGGGAACGCCAAUGUGUUCGCCGAUUUCGGGGCUCAUAGCCGAGGCGGUCCUAUAACGCCUGGAUUCGCUGGUUUUCCGAAACCACAGUCCGAAUUUCUGGGCUUGGUGUGUGGAUGACACCUUUGUCGUCAUCGAACGGGAUCAGGUGCUGACAUUCAAAGAACAUCUCAACGCCGUCUUCCCGGACAUUCAAUUUACGAUGGAGAGGGAGGAAAACAACCAGCUGGCCUUCCUGGAUGUCCUCGUCUGCCGCAAAGAUUGUGGUGGCCUAAAAAAACAAAGGGUUCAGGAAAGCUACAAAUACGACGCAAAUACUGCAUUUCAAUAGCGACCACCCGAUCAGUCGCAAAUACAGUUGUUUUAGGGCGUCGAAUUUUAUGACAAAUGUGUAUUUGCGCAACACUGGAUGUAUGUACGUACGAAUCGAGAGGAGUGCCUAAUCGCAUCCUGGAUCUAGACCUACGUCAAGACCUGCCCCACAUUUGCUAACCGCUCUCUGCCGCACUCUUCCUGUAAUUUACUUAGAACGCCAGACGGAGCGUAAAUAAAUAUUUUCACGAGGAGAAGUGUCUGCAAAAUUAAUUAAGUAGUAGAGUUAACUCAGAAUGGUUGCCCUGGACGUGGUUUAUUGACCAUAUAAGGAACUGUAAUAUGUCAUUAAAAGCGGCAUUUGUGAAAAAGAAGCUCCAAAUACAAUAAAAAGACAAAAUGCACGCGUACGAACUUUAAGUCACCUACUCCACAAAAGCAUAUCUACGAGCCUUAUGAAUCCAGCGCUCCAGUCAGUUAUAAUUCGCAUCUCACAAUGUACAUGCUUCACCUAAUAAAUUCAGUAACUAUCAACGAAUAUGAAAUUUUGCAGAUUUUUGCCAGACUGAUAACAAGGGUGCUAGAUAACCGCAACCGGGUCUCGCUGAUGUUUUGCAUACCCAGGCUUCUCCUUGUGCUUUUAUGUGAACCCAAAGCGAAUACUUCAAUGAUUAUCUCUCCGUUAAACGUCAAUUGGAAAUAGAAGACGCAGGAGGGUAAGCAACUAAAAUUUGACAAGAGCGUUGGCAGUAUCUUUAGUACCCACAGAUAUUUUGUAGAAGAGAAAACUGCCGUCGAUAACUGAACAUAAAAAGAUGACAUCAAACAUCUGCGUCCCCAAAUCCAUGCCAAGAAUUUUGACAAAUUUCCCACGAGAUAAAACACGUUUUAUGCCAGUAUUAAUCGAAGUCCACAUGCAGAAUAGUUAAAAAAACUGUUGCUUAGGGUAAGAUGAUGUAAGGUGACGAUUUGCCACACUAAGUGAUAGGGACACACGGUCAGGAUCCUAAUCUAAAAUCCCCAGUGCGGUACACAAAGUACAGUUUCAUUUCACCGGCUUUAUACUAAAAUGACAUUUGUUAUGGAAAAUUCAGAAGCAUACGCUUAGUAUUUGGAAGCUAUCUCGACAACAAUCGCAGAAAAACUAUUCAUUCGCGAAGUAGAGCUUUCCCAUUUAGAAUUUGACUGACUGUCAUUCAUGUGCUUAGAGCCCGCGAAUGUACAUGAGGCUGGUUUAGCAAUAAAAUGCCCUACUUAGGAUUAAAAAACAGCUAGGAAACCGAGUUUCUUCCCUUGGGUACGCAGGUACGAAUUCCGCACUCCUACGCUUGCCAAUCAACUUCGGCUUGUGCACGAUCGAUACCAGUCAGACAUUCAAACGCAGCACACUCAGCACAGCAGACAAUAGCGCGAAUCUUUCGGCUCAGUGAACAUCUGCUGAUGACGCGUGUUAGCGUGCUUUUAGUUUGAAGCGUAUUAUCCAACAUCCUUAACAAUGCUACUAUGCAUUUCGUACUCUGCCUACAACAGGGUAAGCGCCUUCAUUUGUAUGCUUUUCCUCUGCCUAUCAAAAUUUAACUAUCAGUAGUUCUAAGAGUCCUGUUCCAUCCAGUUAAAUGAGGAAACAGAGGUCGCUUAACAGAGUCCAUGUACAUUGCGGGCAUCGAUUUUACCUCCGUUACAAUGGCUGCUCUAAGUUUUGCGUUGAUUUUGUUAUUAGAACUCCAGGAUUUAACUUAUAAGUUGUGCGAACGCAAUUUGGUAACCAACAAAUCCAGUUCAAUAAUUUAAUAAAUUUCUGCACGGAAUUUCUACGAGUAUGCCAUUUCCAGAAAUUUAGUUAACCCGGUUAACGGCUGGGCACUUAUGCGUGCUAGGCAGAUUUGUCGUCUUUUCCUAAAGGGUUAUUUUAUAUCAGAUGUGCCGUCAGAUCGACAAGCGACUGUCAAAUCGUGGAAGACAGCGAAGCAGUAUGUACACCUGAUUGUUAUGGCGACUAUGAAAUUGAGGUGUUUACGUCUACUGAAAUAAGUUAAUCGAUUUUGAAUAGACGUCAAAACUGCCAGGCAUUGCAGUUAAAAAACCUAUUAAGAAUUUUCCAAGCCAUGAACCGCGUUCCUCCACUGACCAACAUGCCGUCUCAUUGUUCAUUUCUCGACUCUCGUUAACUGCUGUGACACGUCUGCAGAAUCUGCUACCGCUUCUUCUACUGUAUACCUGCCUUGUGGGUUUGCAAGCACUCCUUCAAAUUUUAUAAUAUUCUGUGGAGCGUCGAAUGGCUUAGCAGAGAAGAGCAUCGUAUCGUGCCUUGAUUCCGUCAUUUCCUUCGCUCUCUCCUCCUUCUUUUCCCCUUCGUCCACAUUGUUUCGCGUCUCUCAAAGUUCUUCUUGGACUAUUCUCUCUUCCUCCUCUCCCCAACCUGCUUCCACCUACUCCUCACUCGCCGCCACCUUGCGUUCGCUCUUCUCUUCCUCCCUCUCUUGCACUGCCUUCGACUUCCGUAGCUCCUCAUUGUUUCCCCGCCAAGCUCAUCACUUGUCGGCUGUUUACCCUCGUUCACGUCUUCUAUGUCCUCAGCAGCUUUAUCCUCCCCCUUCUCCUUCCUCCUCCUCCUCCUCCUCCUCCUCCACCUCAUCCCCUGACACCUCCUCAAUUGUGUAG